UACAUGAAUCACUGAAACUCUCAACACUUUCACAUUCUUAAUCCAAACCAAGAUUCCUCUUACUUGUUCAAGAACAUGCUUCUAAACACCCCUACUUGUGCACACAUCUUCACCCCAAAAAACCACCAUCUCACCACCACUUCUUCACUUCUGCCCAAAACCCUUUUCCCCCCUUCCGGGCUGCCCUUUUUUGGUACAAAAAUCAAGGGUUGUUCAUCAGUUUGUGGGUUCACAUCUGGGGUUCAAAGAUCAUGCAUCAAAAGUUCAUUGAUUGAAGCCCCUGUAUUGUGGGCUGGUAGAGUGUGCAUAUUUUAUGCCCUGUUGAAAGCUGGCUUGGCUGGAUCCCCUUCUAAUCCACUCUCAGUUUCAUCCACAUCAGAGCUUGAGACUGAUGGUGAUGAUUUGGGUUUCUCCAAAUGGUUUGAAAAGUUCAAGCAGAACCCAGAGAAAGAAGCAGCAGAUAAAAGAAAACUAGUUAGCAAAUGGCACCCGACGACAAAGGGUACGCUUCGACGAAACUACAGAGUCCAAUCGAAAACCGAGGGGCGUCGGCUUCUAAAAGCCGUAGCCUCCUUACUUUCAGACGACGAUCACUUCAGAGACGCCACCUCUCACAAGGGUUGUCAAAUUAGACGAGAGAGCGCUCAUGGAGAAAGCGUAUGCUGCAACAACGUGAGAGCGUUGUUUGAUGAGCUCCCAACACCGCAUUUGGUUGUCGAGAUCACUCCGUUCCCAGCUGGCCCGCUCUCGGAAAGUGAUUACGCUAGAGCUGAAAAGUUGGAAAGAGUUCUUAGAUCGGGUCCUUCUGUUUGAUCAUCGUGUUGUGUGUAACAUAAUGUACAUAUACAUUUUCAUUUAAUCAUCAAAAUUUGAGUUGUGUCAAAGAUUGUUAUACUGUUACAAGUUGUGAAAUUUCUAAGUGAAUGGGUAGAAGUUUGAGAAAA